GCCCUAAAACCCACACUUGGUCUUGUUCACUUCCGGUCCUUUCUCGCAGUUCAAAAACUCUUAAGCAAACAUUUCUUUUUUCGCAUAUCAAUAGUACACAAUAAUCCAUUUUUCUUCCUAUAAACCCUAAGGCCAAGACGAGGAGCAGAAGAAGAUGUCUCUGCGAGUUUUGAAUCCUAAUGCGGAGGUUCUGAACAAAUCAGCGGCGCUUCAUAUGAACAUUAAUGCCGCCAAGGGCUUGCAGGACGUCCUCAAGACCAACCUUGGCCCCAAAGGCACUAUCAAGAUGCUUGUUGGUGGAGCUGGAGACAUCAAGCUCACUAAGGAUGGUAACACUCUCUUAAAAGAAAUGCAAAUUCAAAACCCAACAGCAAUUAUGAUUGCAAGGACAGCUGUUGCUCAAGAUGACGUAAGUGGAGAUGGUACUACUUCUACUGUAAUCUUUAUUGGAGAGCUUAUGAAACAGUCUGAACGUUACAUUGAUGAAGGUAUGCAUCCACGUGUUUUGGUUGAUGGUUUUGAGGUUGCCAAAAGAGCUACACUCCAGUUUCUUGAAAAAUUUAAGACUCCUGUGGUUAUUGGUGAUGAACCAGAUGUAGAGAUUCUUAAAAUGGUAGCAAGAACAACAUUAAGAACAAAGUUGUAUGAAGCUUUGGCAGAUCAGUUAACUGACAUAGUUGUUAAUGCGGUGCUUUGUAUUAGAAAGCCUGAGGAAGCCAUAGAUUUAUUCAUGGUGGAGAUUAUGCACAUGCGUCACAAAUUUGAUGUUGACACAAGGCUGGUUGAAGGUCUUGUCCUUGAUCAUGGUUCUAGGCAUCCUGACAUGAAGCGGCGAGCUGAGAACUGUUUCAUCUUGACUUGCAAUGCGUCUUUAGAAUAUGAAAAAAGUGAAAUAAAUGCAGGAUUUUUCUACUCAAAUGCAGAGCAAAGGGAGGCAAUGGUUGCUGCAGAAAGGCGUCAGGUUGACGAAAGAGUGAAAAGAAUCAUUGAACUUAAAAACAAGGUUUGCUCUGGUAAUGACAAAAAUUUUGUUGUUAUUAAUCAAAAGGGUAUUGAUCCGCCAUCACUAGACCUUCUUGCACGUGCAGGGAUAAUUGCCCUUCGGAGAGCCAAGCGAAGAAAUAUGGAACGCCUGGUUUUGGCAUGUGGUGGUGAAGCUGUGAAUUCUGUUGAUGAUUUAACCCCUGAUUGCCUUGGUUGGGCUGGAUUGGUUUACGAGCACAUCCUUGGUGAAGAGAAAUAUACGUUUGUUGAAAAUGUGAAGAAUCCCUAUUCCUGUACAAUCUUGAUAAAAGGACCUAACGACCACACAAUUGCCCAAAUAAAGGAUGCUGUACGUGAUGGCCUGAGAGCUGUCAAAAAUACCAUUGAAGAUGAAGCUGUUGUGCUUGGAGCUGGAGCUUUUGAAUUAGCAGCCAGGAAAUACCUAAUAACUGAAGUAAAGAAAACAGUUAAAGGGCGCGCUCAGCUUGGUGUUGAAGCUUUUGCUGAUGCCCUUCUUGUGGUGCCCAAAACACUAGCGGAGAACUCUGGUCUUGACACUCAAGAUGAGAUCGUCUCCCUUACGGGAGAGCAUGACAGGGAUAAUAUUGUGGGAAUAAAUCUGCAAACUGGCGGAGCUCUUGACCCCCAAAUGGAGGGCAUCUUUGACAACUACUCUGUUAAACGCCAAAUCAUAAACUCCGGGCCUGUCAUUGCGUCUCAGUUAUUAUUGGUGGAUGAAGUGAUUCGGGCUGGGCGAAAUAUGAGAAAACCAAAUUAGAACUUUAGAAUGCUCCAGUCUGUACUUUUUUGCUUCGGUGAAUCCUUCUGCUGUUUUGGUGUGUAAUGAAUUGUGUUUUGGAGAUUGUGUCAGGGGAAAUAGCCAAUUGUUUUCAUGUUUUGGAA